AUGCUUAUGCAUUAUUUUCAAGGUAUAUACUAUUCUAGCGAGAAUUUUCGUUUACAAGAAGAAUCUCUGUUAUCCUCGUCCAACUGUUGCUAACGCUGUGUUUUGCCCCAAGAGUUGUGUAUUCCUAGAUUGUCAACCGUGGCCUGCAGUCUCUCUGUUUGGUGCUGCGGACAGUAGCCACUUCCGGCCGGAAGUUCAUAAGACACUGCGCCACUCGAGGUUGACUAUAGCUCCCGUUGCCAGCGUUAUACAGGCGAAGCGAGAGCUAUUCUUCAAAGGCGACAACGCCGGAAUAAUAUCGUCACCAUCUGUGCCGUCGGUGCCACCCCCGCAACCACCGUCGCAGGUCCCGUCGUCGAUGAGCGUAUCGUCAACGAGCACGUCGUCGACGACGACCACAACGAUCACGACGCUCGCCUCACCUAACACAGUACCACCGCCAGCCUCCUCGACCGUGUACACAAGUGUCACAUCGUCGGCGCCUAGUUCCAAGCCACGAUUACCUCCGUCCACGGUGAUUCUAAAUCAAAACGAUGCAUCGGAGGACAGCAACAAACGAGAGUCGAACAGAGCCACCGAGAACAAGGAGACUGCUGUCCUUCAUCAUCCACGACCAACACCACCGACCAAGCCCAAGGAACUCGACGGUUACGUGGGUUUCGCGAAUCUGCCCAAUCAAGUUUACAGAAAAGCCGUUAAAAAGGGAUUUGACUUUACCCUGAUGGUUGUCGGUGAAUCCGGACUAGGAAAAUCAACUUUGAUCAAUUCGAUGUUCCUCGCUGAUAUAUACAGUGCCGAGUACCCUGGCCCUAGCCUUAGGGUUAAAAAAACCGUAGCCGUAGAGACUAGCAAAGUGUUGUUAAAGGAGAACGGUGUAAAUCUCACUCUGACUGUCGUUGACACACCUGGAUUUGUUGGGUACCAGUGAUCGAGUAUAUCGAAUCAAAAUACGAGGAGUUCCUGAACGCGGAGUCUCGCGUUGUGAGACGGCAGAUCCCAGACAGCCGAGUACAUUGUUGCCUGUACUUUGUCGCACCCUCGGGCCACGGUUUGAAACCGUUGGACGUAGAGUUUAUGCAGCGUCUUCACGAUAAAGUUAACAUUAUACCUGUCAUCGCGAAGGCAGAUACCAUGACGCCAGAUGAAUGUGCUCAUUUUAAGAAACAGAUUUUGAACGAGAUAGCGCAGCACAAGAUCAAAAUUUACGAAUUCCCGGAAGUGGAAGAGGAGGAGGAAAGUAAACUGCACAAAGUUCUCAGAGAAAGAGUACCGUUUGCAGUUGUGGGUGCAAAUACUGUGGUCGAGCACGACGGCAGGAAAGUUCGUGGAAGGAAAUAUCCUUGGGGGAUUGCAGAAGUUGAAAAUUUGGAACACUGCGAUUUCAUAGCGCUGCGAAACAUGGUGAUCAGAACUCAUCUGCAAGAUUUGAAAGACGUGACAAAUAACGUGCACUAUGAGAAUUUUCGAUGUCGCACGUUAGCCGGCGUUGGAGUCGAUGGAAAACCAACGAAAGUUUCCAAUAAGAAUCCGUUGGCUCAGUUGGAAGAAGAGAAGAGGGAGCACGAUAAUAAAAUGAAGAAAAUGGAGAUCGAUAUGGAGCAGGUGUUUGAAAUGAAAGUCAGAGAAAAGAAACAAAAACUCAAAGAUUCAGAAGCAGAUCUGCAAAGAAGGCACGAACAAAUGCGACGCUCUUUGGAGCAGCAAGUGCGUGAAUUAGAGGAGAAGAGACGAGCGUUUGAAGCUGAAAAGUUAGCAUGGGAACAACAGACUGGACACAGUAUUGAAGAAUUACGUAGGCGCAGCCUAGAAGCUAAUUCAAAAGAGACGGGAUCAGUGUCUUCCGAGGGAUCUGGCGGUGGCGGGGGUACGUUGAGGGGUUCCCGAGGGAUAGGAAGUCUCCUACGCCGUCACACCAGUUUCAAAUCACCUCAAGAUAGCCCUACACAGAUACAGCUUGUCAUACAACAUCCCGAGCAUCCUUAG